UUUCCCUUCUCUCGCUCCUUUUCUCCCACUCUCAUGCCCUCCAAAUAGCUCAACUGUCCAGACCAAGAUGACGGCAACGACUCAUUCCGACUCUGCUAUCCACCAGCCCGGUACCAGCGACGGAUGGCACGGCGUCAUCUCCGAACACGGCCCCUUCAAGCCAGCCGCAGGUCGCUACCAUCUCUACAUAGGCCUUUUCUGCCCCUUCGCCCAUCGGGCCAACCUGGUGCGGCACCUUCGAGGCCUCACGGGCGUCAUCUCCAUCUCCAUCGUCAGGCCGUAUCCCAAGGGCGACGCAAAUGGCUGGCCGGGGUGGCGAUUCCCCGAAUCCGAUGACGAAUACGAGGGCGCCACCAUCGACCACCUGUACCGUAGCACCUUCUUGCACGAGAUCUACUUCAAGGCCGAUGCGAAUUACAAAGGCCGCUAUUCGGUCCCCGUGCUCUGGGACAAGGCGACCGAGACGAUUGUGAACAACGAGUCGGCGGAAUUGCUGCGCUGGCUUCCCACAGCGUUUGACUCCAUCCUGCCCCCGGAUCCCGCGUUCAAUCUGUAUCCGAAGGAACUGGCGCCGCAGAUCGACGAGCUUUCGCCGUGGGUGCAGUCGGAUCUGAACGCCGGCGUGUAUAAGGCCGGGUUCGCGGAUUCGCAGGACAGCUACGAUCGGGCGGUCCCGGUAGUCUUUCGCGCUCUGAAUAAACUCGAGGCGCUGAUCAGCCAGAAUGAAGGGCCGUACAUCCUCGGAAAGCAGCUGACGGAAUUGGAUCUACGGGUUUAUGCGACGAUCGUUCGGUUCGAUGCGAUUUACGUUCAACAUUUCAAAUGCAACCUGGGCAUCAUCCGUCACGACUAUCCGGUGAUACACAAUUGGCUGAAGAACCUUUACUGGAACAUACGGGGUUUCCGGGAGUCGACGGACUUCAGACAUAUCAAGGAAAAUUACACUAAAAGCCACGGCGACAUCAAUCCCAAGGCCAUCACCCCGAUGGGACCGAUUCCUAACGUAGAAUUGGGCGUUGAGGAGAAUUGGAGUAAAUUGCGGGUGGGUCAUAUUGACAUCUAGGGAUUCGGGCUCUCCAUAAUAAUUCAACUAUAUACAUACCAUCACUUUUUGGAAACAUUGUAUCUCCAGGAUAACAUAUCAAU